CUUAAUUUGCAACAACCUUAAGCUUUGAACCCUUUUCUCUCUUUUCCCACUUCACCUUCUCGAAGUCCAACCUCUCCACACCGCCAUUGCAUCGUCUGCACUCUCAACUGGAUCCCCUAGUCUUUUAAGCUUUAAGUGAAAUCGACAACCAAUUGAAACAUUUUCUUCGUCCCCUGUUAGCAAACAUUGUGAAGCAGGAUUUUCAACAUGGACAAGGUGACGAGAUUGGCUUCAGAGAAUGGGUUAGUGCUAUUCAGCAAGAGCUCAUGUUGCCUGUGUUAUGCAGUCAAAAUUCUAUUCCAAGAGAUUGGGGUGACCCCAACGGUUCAUGAGCUGGACCAAGACGCCGAAGGCAGAGAAAUGGAGAGGGCGCUCAUGAGGUUGGGGUGCAGCGCCCCAGUUCCAGCCGUCUUCAUUGGUGGAAAGCUGGUGGGUUCCACCAAUGAAGUCAUGUCCCUCCAUCUAAGUGGAGGGCUAAUACCUUUGCUCAGGCCCUAUCACUCUAUGUGUUAAAAUUUAAGCACGUCAAUUAUAUCAGUAAAAAACAGUUGAAUAAAAUUGGCUCAAAUUAAUCAAAGGGGGGAUGAUCACUUUGAGGAGCGGCAUGUGGAUUGUGUAGUCUGUGUAGCUUUCUAUGUCUUAUGUGCUUUGUAGCUUUCAAUUAUAGCUUGUAACCUGUUUCUAUUUCUUAAAUGAAGUCAAACUUUAUAUA